UGAGGGGCAGCGUCCCGUGCGUCAUGAUGUAUUUCAUCGUCUUCGUGAGGCGCAUUCGGUGAAGGUUUGUGAAUCUUGAGUAGUACCGAGUCGCCGCCAUGUCUAAAGAGACGCCUCGCGAGCCCGAGCAGAUGCGAAAGCUCUUCAUCGGGGGUCUGAGCUUCGAGACAACAGAUGAGAGCCUCCGGGCGCAUUUCGAACAAUGGGGAGCCCUGACAGACUGUGUGGUGAUGAGGGAUCCUAACACUAAGAGGUCGAGGGGGUUCGGCUUCGUGACCUACAGCUCGGUGAACGAAGUCGAUGCGGCGAUGGACGCUCGGCCUCACAAAGUGGAUGGGAGAGCCGUCGAGCCCAAAAGAGCCGUCUCACGAGAGGACUCAAGCAGGCCGGGCGCUCAUUCCACGGUGAAGAAGAUCUUCGUCGGAGGAAUUAAAGAGGACACAGACGAGGAGCACCUGCGCGACUACUUCAUCCAGUUCGGCAAAAUCGAGGAAGUGAACAUCAUGACCGAGAAGAACAGCGACAAGAGGAGGGGCUUCGCCUUCGUUACGUUCGACGACCACGACUCCGUGGACAGGAUAGUCAUUCAGAAGUAUCACACAGUGAACGGUCACAACUGUGAAGUCAGGAAAGCACUUUCCAGAGAAGAGAUGAACAGAGUUUCCAUGAACAACAGAGGUGGCCGUGGCGGCGGUGGAGGAAACUUUGGCGGUCGGGGAGGCGGCGGCGGAGGAGGAGGUGGAUACGGAGGUGGAUACGGAGGAGGUGGACGUGGUGGAUACGGGGACGGAGACGGAUACGGAGGAAACGGUGGCUAUGGUGGAGGCGGUCCUGGUUACGGUGGUAACCGCGGGUACGGAGGAGGAGGAGGCAGUGGCUACGGCAACCAGGGUGGCGGCAGCGGUGGAUACGGCGGCGGAGGAUACGACAACUACAACGGUGGUGGAGGCGGAGGGAACUAUGGAGGAGGAAACUUCGGAGGCGGCGGCGGCGACUACAACGACUUCGGCAACUAUAACAAUCAGUCGUCGUCUAAUUACGGCCCGAUGAAGGGUGGAAACUACGGCGGCGGAGGCAGGAGCGGCGGUGGUCCGUAUGGUGGCGGUUAUGGCGGUGGUUCUGGAGGUAGUUACGGAGGUGGAUCUGGAGGAAGGAGGUUCUAAGUAUUAGGCCACAGUACUUAGGAGAGGAGAGCCAGAGAGAGGAUGAUGAGGAUGACAGGGAAAGGAGAGAAAUGAAGGAAGCAGGUUUUACACACCUAGAAUCUGCCCAACGAUAUUAACAUCUGCCACACGCCAGGAAACGUGUAUGAUAGAGGAGGAAGAGAAAAAUCAUGUCCGGGGGCGGGGUGGGGGUCAUGUGAGGUCAACGUUGUUGGGGUUUUUUUUUUUGUUUUUUUUUUCGUUUAGUUUUGUUUUAAAUUCUAAAGUAUUUUUGAUCCUGGACGAUGAUAUUUUAUUGUUGGCUCUUUAGCGUAACAUUGAUGUCUGUGAAGUGUAAAUCAUUCCAUUGAGCUUUUAGGCAGGUUCUCCUAUAUAUAUAUUUUUUGGCUAUAUUUUCUUUUCCUUAUUUCUUUUACUAUUUGCUAACUUUUAGGGUUUUUUUUUAUGUAAUUCACCAUCAAUCAAGAUGAAAUAAAUCGCUCUUGAGUUUUUUGUUUUUUAAUUUAACUCUGUAUUCCUCAAUGUUUUUACUUCAUCUCGGUAUUUUGCUCGUUCCUGAAAACAAACAGUACAACGUCACGUUCAGUGGAUUUAUACAUAACCAUUUAAAGUAAAUUACAACUAUGGGGAGGGCACAAAAUAUUAACAAUUCAAACUAAAUAAAAAUUCAAUAAUAUACUAAUCAUAGCCUUUCAGCCCUGAAAAUGGUUUAUUUUCCUAUAACGGCAUGUUCCUAAGUAUUUUAUUCCUCUUACACCUCAACAAUUUGCCAGCAAGUACAAUUUUUAUUUAUAUAUUUAAAGGACAUUAUACUUUUUAUCCGUUUAUAGUUACGUUUGUGAUGUUGGUGAAAUUAGUUAGUUCCUGUUGUCACUUGCGUUAUAGCAGCUAUAAACAGUUGUUCCAUUACCAGUCUCUCUCUCUCUCUCUCUCUCUCUCUCUCUCUCUCUCUCUGUGUGUGUGUGUGUGUGUGUGUGUGUGUGUGUGAUGAAGUUGGCAUGUUAGAGAAACCGUAAAGAAGUGUAAACUCCUCUGUCCUGAAAACUUGGUUACAGCUUUACCUCUGACUGUUACAAAGCGCUGACACUGUAGACUACUUCUUGACACGUUACAUAAACAUCUCCUUACAGACCAAAGCUGACACGUGGGUUUUUUAAAAUUAAUUAAUUAUUAUUUUUUUUAAAGUUAAUCUGGCGCGUCCACUGUACACGAGCGGUUACUAUAGAAACAAAACGUACCGGAAUGAGCGCGUUAAUAUAAACCCGUGAUUUGCAGCUGCACUCCUGUCAGAGCUGCAUCUAUAAAAGUUUCGACUGCAAGCACUGUCAAAUUCUCGAUUCUGGAUUUUCAGAAGGUGUUGAUUCAUUUCUCGGGAACAUGACAAGCUGCGUCUCUUAUUAUUGUUAUUUUUAUUAACUUGGAGAGAGAAUAAAGAGAGGGGUGGUGAGGGAACGACUAUAGCUGCUAUAACAUAAGCGAGAACAGGAACUCGCUUGAUCUGCUGACGUUCCACGACAUUAAAUGUAAGUGUAAAUGGAUAAAAAGUAGCUCAUGGCAAAAUGCUGUUGUCAGGCCAUGUCAUACCACCUCAUUGCUGGUUAUUUUCAAAACAGCACCCCUGCCCCUGUUUACUGUAGUAUUUCUAAAAUUAAAUCUAAGUGAUUAAAGGAGGCCUUACUUGCGUUUCGAUUAAAAAAAAAUUUCUAGAACAAACUAUCUGAACUAUUUUCUAUGUUAAGCAACGACAGCAUGUCAGACCACGCCCACAUCUCGUUCAUUUGAACAUCGUUUUCAAGAUGACCUUGAAAUGCGUAAUAAUACCACAGCCUAAACAGCGCGUUGCUCUGCAGUGGUACUGUAGUACUCGGAGUGGACUAGUCACUCGGGGUCGAGUAACUUGAUGCCGAGACGUCGUAGCUCGUUUCUCGAACCAGCACUUUUGAGGACCUUUAGCUACACGGAUUUUUGCCAGCUGGAGGCAGAAUGUGGCGAUCAGAUCUAUCCAAUGAGGUGCCAGCUGAAGGAGCCAGCCAAUCAGAAAAAGCCUAGCCAAUCAGAAGAGAGAAGGAAAAUCUGUCCUCUGGAAGAGAAGCUAUAGCUGAAGGGAGUCUCCAGCUCAGAGAGAGAUGGAGCGAGACAAGCGACAGUCUUAUUGAGGAAAAGCUUAUUUCUCAUGUAAGACUAGCGAGAGUGAGGUAUUAAACAUGCAGGACUGGUAGGUAAGAGGCACACGUGUUCUUUUCAUCUGUAUUUAAUGCAUUUAUUGUUUAAAAAGAAGUGUUGUUUUUGUUGUUGUUUUUGUCCGAAACCAAAGGUUUAACAGCAGAUUUAAUGUCUGGUGAAAUGUUUCUGUAGUUCACUGGUGGUGCAUGAGACACCAAAGACUUAAACACUACAACUUCUCAUCUUAAACUGUGUUUUGUCUUGUCUUAAGUUUUUGUUUUUUGUUUUUUUUUUUUUUUCCUCUGUGAUUUUAUUUAUAAUUUUUCCCCCCCUGAGUCAUGCGUUUCUUGUGUAACAGAUGACUGAACCAGAGGAUGGAUUUCUUUCUUCUGUGUGGAGCUUUUCCAGCGCAGAGAGCUGAUGAAUGUUUCCCUGAGAAGUAAUUCUGAGAGAUCCCAGGUUCUGAGAGUCGGGAUCGUUGGUCAGGAAUUCCGGCAUAAGCACAAUCACUCACAGAAGGAUCUCCUAAAACAUUUCAGGUGUUUCAGGUUGAGGAGCAAAAUGGCGGCGGCUGCUGCUGCAUGAAGUUUUACAUUUUUUUUUAAUGGAUUUUUAUGUCAAUUUUUACAAUAAAAUUUUAAAGAAAGUGA